AUGAGGAGCUACGUUGUUGGCUAUACCCCAACCCAAGCCGACGUCGUUACAUUCAAGGCAUUCAAGAAAGCCCCCGACGCUGCUAAAUAUCCCCACGCUGCGCGUUGGUACAAGCACAUUUCUUCAUUCGGAACAGAAUUCACUACCCUUCCCGGUGACCCUUCCAAACCAUACACCGCAUAUGGCCCCGAAAGCACCGAUAUCCCAGUGAACGUCAAGAAAGCCCCAGCCCCAGCUGCAGACGAGGACGAGGACGAAGACAUGGAUCUUUUCGGUAGCGAUGACGAUGAAGAAGAUGCUGCCCUCGUUGCUGAGAGAGAAAAGAACCUCGAGGAGUACAGGAAGAAGAGUGCGGCAAAGACAAAGCCUCCCGCUAAAUCUUUCAUCACUUUAGAUAUCAAACCUAUAGAUGACGAAACCCCCAUGGAUAAAUUAAAGGUUGAGGUUAAAAAAUUGCUGGAAACGAAGGAGGGUCUUAAAUACUCCAAGGAUGAACUAAAGCCUGUUGGCUAUGGUAUUAUGAAACUCCAGGUUCAUUUUACCGUCGAGGACGAGAAGGUAUCCGUCGAUGACCUUCAAGAAGAGCUGGAACAGACUUUCGAAGAUUGGAUUCAGUCAACUGAUGUUGUAAGUGUUUCCCCAACCAGCUCUACAAUAUCGUUUCAUUUCUAA